AUCACAACCUUUCAAUACACCUCCAAGUCCGCAGCCCGGCCAUCCAAUGCUUCAGAUGCGGCUUGGUCCUCACUGUACCCAAAGGGUGGCACCUUCUUUUCCCACGCACCCGAGGUCCCCACCCGCUCCACGCUCUCCGUAUUCCACCAACUCCACUGCCUAGACGCGAUCCGGCAGGCUUAUUACCUCGCUUACGACGCCGCUACUGCCGGUGAUCAGCUCGGCAAAGACGAUGUCCCUGAAAUGGUCGAAGAAGUGCACAUCAGGCAUUGUGUGGAGCUUCUAAGGGUGAGCCUCAUGUGUGUGGCAGAUCGCACGAUUGAGAAGAAAAAUGAGAUGGGUGGUGUGACGGGAUUCGGCACCGAGCAUAAGUGCGCUGAUUAUGAUGGGUUG